UCUGCCAGAGUUCCAGUUGUGUGACCUAAUCAGACUCCUCCUUCAUCUUAACAUCAUCACAGAACUAGAAGAUGAACCAAAGGGACACUACUUCAUUCCUUAUGUUCUUCCUUCAUACAUUGAACCAGUUUCAAUUAAGGAAACUAAUGCUAAGCCACUUCUCAUAGUCUGGAGGGAAGAGGAGAGUGAAGAGAUCCUACCAGUUCCUACAGGAUUGUUCCCUUUAACCAUCGUACACCUACUCAACCAGAAAGAAUACGUUACUAAAAUUUCUCCGUCGGCGCCAGGGUAUUAUAAAUUUCGAGAUGCCAUGUCCCUCAAGAUAAUGAUCACAUCAAAGCAUUCAUUUCACCUCAUCAACCGUUACACUCAUAUUGAAGUGUACUUUACUGGUCCUACCCGGCGCUGUCCUUUAGUACGUAAGCUACUCACAACAGCUAUUAAUAAUAGCAGUGAUGCCAUGCACCUCAAGCGUAAUUACGUAAAUGCAUUUGCUUGCCCUUAUAAUGAGAGCUGCUACUGUAUCGUAAAUGAAGAUGAUUGUACAGUUUGUGGUAAAUCCUCUGAUAUUAGCAGUGACUACAGUACUUGGUUUGACGAUGCACAAGACAUUUUGGACAAGAAGCCUAAAUUAACGGACCUCCACAGGCUUUUUGAUAGUUCUGCUGGCGAUUACAUGAUCAUUGGUGCUGCACUUAAAGUUAAAGUGGAUGACCUGCCACCUACUCCAGGGACUGCUACUAAUAACCUCUUGAUAGUGUUCAAGAGAUGGAUAGAGUCUAAUAAAGGAGUGUCCUGGAGGAAUGCUCUUCGAGUUUGUAAAGAUUAUCCUGAUAAGUUUGGAAGAGUAAUGGCUGACGUGGACAAAUUUCUUGAAUCAGAUAGAGCUUGUAAAGAAUAUUUACUUGUAAAUUAAUAUUCAUUGCCUGCUAUUUUUGUUGUUAUUAUUAUUACUAUUUCUACUGUACUUGAUAGAUAAAUAUUCUCUUUAUUUUAUUCUGAUUUUCAACCUUUAAAAUUCAUUGUCCUAACCUCAAGUAUUUUUCUCCUCUAUAACUUAUCUUAUUGUUCUAUCCUAAAAUUAAUUAUUAGGCUAUUAGCAUUAUUGUUGGUCUAUUUUGACUUUUG